AUGGGAAUCGAUCGUCCUGCUGGUCUUCAUUUCGCUACUCGUUCCGAGGUCGCCUCAUGUAAUGGGAUGGCAUGUACAAGUCAUCCGCUAGCUACACAAACAGCCCUUGACAUUUUACGUCGUGGUGGUACAGCCGUCGAUGCUGCUAUAGGAGCUAAUUCUGUGUUGACAGUUUGUGAGCCUCAUUCAUGUGGAGUUGGUGGGGAUCUCUUCGCCAUUGUUUAUGAAGCGAGCGCAAAAAAAUUACACGGUUUAAAUGCAUCAGGCCGUUCACCUGGUCGUCUUACACUUGAGGAGUUCAAACGUCUAGGACAUAAAUCCAUUCCGACUUAUGGACCAUUGUCAGUCAGCGUACCUGGAUGUGUAGACGGUUGGUUUGAAUUACAUAAAAAGUUUGGUAAACUACCGAUGAAUGCAUUAUUACAGUAUGCAAUUGAUUAUGCCCAAAAUGGAUUUCCACUAGCUCCCGAAGGUGCUAUAGCGAGGAAAAAAGCAAAAAAACUUUUUUCAAAUUAUCCAAAUUUUAAACAACUUUUUGAUGAAGAUAUUAAACAUGGGGAAAUACUUAAAAAUACAAACUUAUCAAAAACAUUAACACUUUUGGGUACAGAAGACUUCUCUCAACAUAAAUCAGACUGGAUUGAACCAAUUUCAACUAAUUAUCGUGGUUAUGAUGUUUACGAAUUACCACCAAAUGGUCAGGGUUUAGCUGCUCUUCAAAUGUUAAAUAUUUUAGAAGAAUAUGAUUUUUCAAAAAUUGAAUUUGGAUCAUUUGAACAUAUCCACUUGUUUGUUGAAGCAAAAAAAAUAGUUUAUGAAGAUCGAGCAAAAUUUUAUAGUGAUCUAGAUUAUAUGAAACCAGGCAUAAUUGACAAAUUAAUAUCAAAAGAGUAUGCGCGUGAACGACGUCAAUUAAUCAAUAUGAAUUCUGCUCAGACUCACAUAGAAUUGAAUGAAAAGUUGUUGACUGGUGAUACAGUCUAUUUGACCACAUCGGAUAAAGAUGGUAAUAUGGUAUCUUUAAUACAAUCGAAUUUUUGUGGAUUUGGUUCGGGCUGCAUACCAGAUGGUCUUGGUUUUAUGUUACAAAAUCGAGGAGAACUCUUUUCUUUGAAAGAAGGUGAAGCUAAUACAUACAGCCCACAUAAACGUCCAUUUCACACGAUAAUUCCAGCAUUUGUUAUGGGAAAAGAUAAGACACCAUUCCUAUCAUUUGGGGUGAUGGGCGGCGCAUUCCAACCACUCGGACACGUACAGAUAUUGAUGAAUAUUAUCGAUUUUAAAAUGAAUACGCAAGAAGCUGGUGAUGCUCCACGCAUUGAUCAUCAAGGUUCAAGUGAACCGAUUGGAAAAGAAGCAGAUUCAAAUGGUGGCACCGUAACAUUAGAAAGUGGUUUUAAAUUUGAAACGAUUCGACAAUUGAUGGAAGUUGGACAUAAAAUCGGGUGGGCUCUUCCAGGAUCAUAUGGCGGCUACCAAGCGAUCAGAUUCAAUUCUAAAAAUAACGUGUAUUUUGGAGCAACAGACAGUCGAAAAGAUGGACAUGCAGCCGGAUACUAA